AUGCAGGCCGCGUGGAAACGUCGGUGCGGCGAAAAUUUCGAAAGUGACACGGUGUUGGUGACCGCGGUUUUGAAAAAUACCUCUCGCGAACGGUAUUUCGAAAGUGCAUCUAACCUCGCAGUCGCGACCUCAACGAUACGCAUUGUGAUACUAAGCCCGCAAAACCUCACAUUGCGGUGUAAGGGCUCGGUUACGCGCGAGACUGAAUGCGAUGACAGACAGUACGUAGAUUUGGCUCGUGUGACGUUGUGGGUGCGUGUUCUGCGCACAGUUCGAGCAGUGACGGCGAACGGGCGGCUGCAAUGGGCGCGGCGCGCCAUGCGUCCGCGUUCGCGCCCGCUGCGCUUGCUUCUUGCGGCGCUGGCGCUAGCCUCCUGCGCGGCGGCCCCUGCGCCCGAGCCGCGCGCGCAACGCUCGGCGAACCUGAGCCACAUCACGGGCACCUCGCGUACAAUACAGAUGUUCCUCAAGAAUCGCUAUCUUCAGCUUCUGCCGGAUGGCACCGUCAACGGUACCACAGACGGCAACAGCGUUUACAGUGAGUAUUUCUCUCUAACUAGAAAAAGUACAGACACACAAUUACAGAUAUUUUAA